AUGGCUCGCCUUGUCUGCUUCUACUGCAGUAAUACCUCCAACAUCUACUACGAUGGCUCCAUCCGCAAGUGGGACUGCGUCAGAUGCGAUGCGACAAACUUCCUCGACGAGAACGGAGAAAUCACAGACCCCGUCGUCGCGACGGAGAUCGCUCCAGCUAAUCUCAUAUACUCGACGACUCGACCGCCCAACACAGGGUCCGAGUCCGAGUCCCAGUCUACCCUCUUCUGCGCAACAUGUCUGAAGAACCAACACCUCUACACCGCGUCGAUCGCACAGUACGACUUCGAUACAAACACGAGUCGCCGCGGCUACAUGCAAGAGGAGCGCGCCUACUUCAAAUGGAAGAGGAGUCUCGAGAAACGAUACCCGCAAGUAUGCAAGGAUUGCGAACCCCAAGUCCUGGAGCGCAUGCGUAGAGCAGGCAAGACUGCGAAGACAGACCACCUUCGACGUCUUAUGGAAAAGUCUCGAGCUAGAAGAGCGGCACCACCCGAGGGCAUAACCAAUACUCGAAUCGUCAUCUUCAUCGGUCGACUGCUUUGGUACUUUGGUAUCCUAGGACAGCUUAUCUGGAACAUCACAGCAAUGGUCAGUGCUGCCCAUUACGAAAAAAUCACCGGCUUCCUCACUACUACACCAGGCUCUUUUCCAGUUUGGAUUAAGGCUCUGCUUGGCUUCAUCAACUCCGAUACCUGGGCUUGGCGAAGUCUUCAAUGCACAUAUGCGUCUAUUUGGUGGUGCCCGAGGGCUAAGGAACUCGAGAGAGGUUUCACAAAGCAUAUUACUGGAUUCCGCCAGUGGUACAAAAUCCAGCUCUCAUUAGUCAUCAGUCGAUCUAUCUUCUACUACAUCAUGGGUUCCGGCGUGUUUGCUGAUCCAUUUUCCCGUGCCACACUUGGGGCCCAUGCUGCCAUGUUCGUCAUGACCACGAUGAUCUUCGUGGUUGCACAUCGCGCUAUCAAAGUCGACAUGAGUCCUCUUUGGGUCAGCAUACCUGAAAAUAUUCCUUUUGUCGGUUCCGGAUCCGGAAACAAUAGUCCGAUGUCUAACAGCCCCGAUAACAAUGGAUCCAACAGUUCCAGAGUAGGAGGGACCAUGGAGGAUAUCCUGGACGAGAUCAUGAAACCCAAUAGAGGGCCUCUCAACACCUCUCAAAUCAAUGCCGGGAUGACCGGAUCCUCCCAAGGAUUAGAAUCUCAAGCCUAUCAAAGAACCCCGUACCAACGUCCCAACACUACAAGGAAUACAGGGCAUAAUCUUCCAGACAUUGGAAGACAACCAAACCGUCCAUCCUACACACCCCAACGUAUUACUCAAAGAUUCGACUCCCCGUUUACGCCCCCUGGACAAGUCAUCGCCGGACUGACCAAACAUAGGCCUCUCCUAAGUGAUAUGACAGACCAGGAAGGUUCCCACUGGCUGAGUACAAGCGAGCUACCUGCUCGUUUUCAAGAUCAGUAUGGCAAAGAUCGACAAACAGAUAGCUGCACAGAAGAGAUGGAGUGGCAACCAACUUUACCACAGAAGUCCACGCACCGAGCUUUCGCCCCUUCACGUCCAUUACAGCACGAAUCAUUACAAGAUAAUUCCCAGAGAUUUGGUGCGACGCCUGCCGGUGACCAAUCAUCCCCAUUCUGGUUCAAAGUUCCGGCCGCCCCUCUCACGCCGGCUCAGAGGCUUAGAAAUCCACCCAACCAACCCAGAAUGAGAGUCUCACCCGCUGAGGUCAAAGACAACUUCUUUGGAACUCGGCGAGAGCCCGUUGUAAAGUCUUCGGAUUAUUCUAGCGACUUUGCUCAGCAGCGAUUGUUCUUUCAGGAGAAGCCCAGCGAGGGGGAUGCUUUGGCAGGAAUGUUGGAUUCGUUCUCGCUUGGUGAAGAGAGGAGCAGUGUCACGAAAAGUGGGACCAAGCAGACCUCAUAUUUUGUGCUGAGCUUAGGCAUAGCAGCUGGAUGUCUGUUAGCUUGGUUUUGUUGCUAA